CCCCUCCCGUCCCACGGUGCCCCGCGGCCGGAAGUGGCGCGCGGAGCGGCGGGGACGUGGCCGGCGGCGGGAGCGGGCGGCGGAGAGAUGAUCACGGACGUGCAGCUCGCCAUCUUCGCCAACAUGCUGGGCGUGUCGCUGUUCCUGCUGGUGGUGCUGUACCACUACGUGGCCGUCAACAACCCCAAGCGCCACGACUGAGCCCGGACUGCGCAGAGCGGAGCUGAGCGGAGCGAGCCGACCCGAGCGCCCCGCACCAUGGGGGCCAUGGAGGCGCCCCGCACCCACCCGCCGUGCCGCAUGGCACCGCGCCCCGUGCUCGGUCCCGACGGGCGUUAACAAAACACGAUACAAGACAAAA